AUGCCUGCUGAAGAUGUUCUCGUUAAUGUCGAAAAUGGGAUAAUGUGGAUUACACUGAACCGUCCUAAAAAGUUCAAUUCUAUCACGGCAGAGGUAAAAUAACUUUUCAUCAAAUAUUAGCUUCUUUAUUGAUAUUGAAGUUUUUUUUUUAAUUUUUUGGGCACCUUGAAAAAAAAUAAACUUUUAUUUAGAAUCGUUGAAGCUGAAAAGCCAUUUUAGUUUCUCUUUUCGGGUUUUAAAAGAUUCCAGUGUUUUGCUAAAUUUUUGAAGAAAGAAAGAGAAGCCUAAAUAACAACUAGAACACAUUUUCGGCCAAAAAUCUGUUUUUAAAAAAUCAGUCUUGAUUUUUGAUCAACGAAAAUUGCUCAUAAACCAAAAUAGAUGUUCCGGCUAAUGAACGACGCUUUGGAUGAAGCUGUUGUUGAAGACACAAUUAAACUGAUCGUUUUGACAGGAUGUAAGUGAAAAAUAAUUUAAUUUCCAAGUUCUCUCUUUUUCAGCGAAAUGCAAGUACUACUCUUCUGGGAGCGAUUUUUCUCCUGCUGAGCUGUCCAGUGCUGUGUGAGCUUCACAAAGGGGGAUUUUAAAUUAAAAUUGUUUUACAGGAAAGGCAAGGAUGAAUACAGUGAAUAUAAGUUGUUCACCGAUCGGUUGAUCAAGUUGGAAAAACCGAUAAUCGCGUUGGUGAAUGGCCAUGGUAUGGGAGUCGCCGUGACCACUUUGGCUUUGAUGGAUGCCGUUUUUGCAGUGGACACGGUAAUUUUGUUAAUUUUUUUCGUGGAAUAGAUUUGAAAAAUCUUCAGCAGGUUUAUUGAUUUCCCCUCUGAAAGUCGAAUAGAAAGCUGGGCCUAAUAAAGUCCAAUAACUGCGGCUAACGCCAUAGCUUCACAUGGUUCAGAAUGUCCCAUUGCGCCCGACGAAUGCCGGAUCCCGCUCUCACAAUUACUUUCUGUGCAUCUUGCUCUUUCUGUAUGCUAUGAAAAUUAGAAUAGUUGAAAAAAAAUUUUGAACACUAGACAUCUUCAGAAGGUUUUUUGUACCUGUGUGCUUGAAAACAGUAGGAAUUGGCUAUACUACAAAAAUGAGGUUGCGCCCGACAAAUGUCGGUUCUCGCUUUCACAAUAACUUUUUCUGCAUCUUGCUGUUCCUACUCGCCAAAUUAGUUUAAAAACUUGAAAAGGAAAUCUUUGAGAACGGUCUUCUCACCUAGGCGGUUCAAUGGAGUGGGAAUAGGCUACACUAUAAAAUUGGAGUUGAACUGAUAACGAAAAUUUUUUUGGUACACUCUAGUUGCUAAAAAGUCCUCACUUGUUUUGUGCUCUUUAAUUGAUUAGUAUUUAUGCGAAAAAAAUAAACUUUUACACUACUAACUUUAUAAUAAAUGUUUUUUCAGGCCACAUUCAAAUGCCCGUUCACAGAGCUAGGACUCAUCCCAGAAGCUUGUUCCAGCAGGACGUUUGUCGAAGCCAUGGGACAUCAAAGAGUUUCCUCAUUUUUUUUAUUAUAUGGAACUUAUUAAGAUUUCCAGGCUGCUCAACUUAUUCUAUUUGCUGAAACUUUGACGGCAAAACAGGCUGUUGAACUCGGAUUGGUUACCAAGGUAAAGUUCCAUUUUUUUUUGUUGAUUUUAAGUUUUAUUCUCAGAUCUUCUCAACGGACAGAUUUGAAGGAGAAACGCGAAAAUAUCUUGACAGAUAUCUCACAUUGGCACCUCAGGUAGUCUAAUCUUUUGUACAUAGAAGAAUAUAUCGGUUUUCAGAGCAUCCGGGUUUCGAAAAGGCUUAUGAGGCCUACGGAAGUUGUGGACCGACUUUUUGACUGUAAACUUGAGAGAGCACGAGGUUGAAACUCAUAAAGAUUUGAAAAAAAUUAUAAUAAAUGUCCAGGUUCUCAUGGGACAGUUCGGUGAGGAAGAGACGGUUGAACGGCUCAGUGCGAAAUUCAUGAAAUCUAACAUUUGAAACAAUUUUUUUGGGGCACGUUUUUAAAUUGUAAUAAAUAUUGUACAUUUGAUAUUCCGUGAAAAAAACAUUUCUUAUCAAGAGUAAUGGAGGAUUUUUUUGAAAAAUAUUUUUUUCAUUUUUUUAGAAGGCGUCAAACCAUGGAGGCUCACUUUUUCUUGUUAAUACCUGCUAGUUUAAUCUCUUCCUUAAAAAGAAAGUAGUAUGUUUGAUUCUAUUUUUCGCUCCAAAGUCCAGAGGUUCUCACCGUACUCCAAGAAAAAAUGAUUCACUUAUUUGCAACUCGGGAGUCAACUAAUUGAAUCUCACUCAGAACUUAAUUUAUAAGACCGAAAACCUGCGUUUUUUUUUUCUGUUUCCAAGGCUCAAUCAAUUAAUUAACGUGGAUAGAGGCGACAGCUCGCGCUAAGAUUUUUUCCCCGCCUCUUUUCAUUCCACGACGUCUGCUCCUUUUUCAACAUGGCGGGAAACUCUUCAGUACUUCUUGUCCUGACAUUCGCCUUCGUGGGACAUUUUCUUACCUUGCUAUGUCUCAUUCCGUUGUGCUGGAUGCAGGAGUGAGUUGUUUUCUGCUUUUCACGAAGAAAAUAAUCGAAAACUGGUAAACUUAUAUAGAAACACUGUUUUAUAAGUUCAGGUCAAGAAAGGUGGAAAAAUCGCUAUUUUUACUGACACGGUUUUUUGAAUCCAUGUUUUUGAGAGAACUCAAAAUAUACCUGGAAAGUUCUGAAAAGUCCACGCAAGUACUCGUACUGAAAAAACACCUUGCAGCUUCCAGCGGCCGCUAUCUUUCAGUUUUCCGAAAUUAGGGCGUUCAAGAUUCAAACAGUUGAUUUUGGCUACUUUUUUUGAAGAAGUUCUACUAUGAAAACCUAUACAAUACCGUGCAGCAAGAUAUACAAUUUCGCUUAUAACUUUUCCAGGAAUCGUCCAAUUAUCGUCAAACUUUGUACAGCUAUUUUAUAUGGGUCCAGUUUGUUAUCCCAAAAAAAUUAGCGCAAUAGCUUCUUUUUCUAGUGAGGUACAGCCUGAAACCUGAAAUCAACAAGAUCUCCGUAACCGAGUCCAAGUUCAAAAUUUUUUUUUGGUCGAUUCACCCUAGGAAACAGAGCUUUUCUCAUUCCGGGUGAUAAAUUUAUAGAUGCUAAACUCGAAGCUUCAAUAAACUAUCAAAAUGGGUUCAAUAACUGCUUCCUAGCGUGAAUCGACCAAGAAAUAUUUUUAAAUUCGUUCUCGGAUUCGGAGAUUUUGUUGAUUUCAGGUUUCAAGCUGUAACUCACUAGAAAAUGAGCUAUUGCACUAAUUUUUCUGAGAUAACAAACUGGACCCAUAUGAAACAGCGCUAGAAAGUUUGACGAUAACUUGACAAUUCCUGGAAAAGUUAUGACGAAAAAAGUGAAAUUGUAUAUCUCACUGCACGGUAGUGUAUGAGAUUCACAGGAUUCUCAGCUGGUUAACGAUAGAAAACUUUUGACCAUUUUUAGAAAAUCCUACAACCUCUUGGUGGGGCUUUAUUGGGAUGAACACGAAGAUGAGAAGAGAAAAAUAUCCGAAAAAAUCCUGAUUACGCCACGUCUAGAGUCACUGUAAAAUUGUCUCAAAAAACCGUACUUCCCUGUUUCUGAGCUUUGGUUCCCGAGUGCUCCUAAAAAAACUAUUUCUUUUCUAAGCUUGAGUCUUAUAAUCGAGUUUGAUCGUAAUAAUUCCCUAAAAGCCUCAAAGACUGUUAAAUUCCAUGACAACCAAAAAAUGAGCGUUCCUUGUUUGCAGAUCAAGUGUUUUCAAGCGCAACGUGACAUACAAACCUAAUUACACAUACCGGCUUAUCGUCAUCUUUUUCCUCGUUGGACUGAUUAUCACGGCUUUCAGUAUGGGAUCUCGGAACGGAAAUAUCAUUUUGAGUAAAUUCUCAGGUUUUCUACAUGCGUCGUACAUUGCCUGGAACUGGAAUUGGCGAAUAGUUCGGUUCAAUCCGUUGAUUCUCAAUUUUUUGAGCAUCUACUUGGUGCUUCACAUGAAGUUUUCGUUGGUGAACGGACUGGCUCUGGUUAUCGACAGAAUCCGAGUAAGGCCCAUGGAUAAUAAGAAUCCCAGACAGCGUGAUGACGCGUCGGAAAGAGCAUCGAUGUGAAGAUAAUUUUUUGUCGUCAAAAAUGAAAACACGCUGGACUAGAUUUUUAAUUCAGGUUUUUUCAGCAAACAUGUUUUCAUGAUUUCUUGUUUCUCAUGACAGAUAGGAUUCAUCAUCAUUUGGAACACCUUGAGCGCCAAAAAGCUCUUGCAAGAAAAAAAUAGCGGUUGUUGUGGGAGACUUCUGAAGAAAACUGCAUCACUAGAAAAAUAUUUUUUUAGGCUGAUUAUUGGUUUCAAUAAAAGAAUCGAUUAUAUGAAAAAAUCAAGAAAAAUCAAAAACUUCACCGCCUUGUUUUCUAACUCAAAGCAAAGCUUUUAAACGUUUGAACUUGAAAAAAUGGAAAAAAGCAGUCAUUUAUCAAAACAAUUAGCGAAGGAUACUGGAUAAUUGCUCCUCAUACGAAAUUACUCAGAACACGUCAAUCGGAAUCAUCGAUCAGUUUCAGGCUACUUUAUGGAUGGAACAGUACCGUCACAAAACUCAUCACAGAUUUCUGAUUGUCUCAAAUGUCAUAGCCGGUAUUUGGGCGGUUUUCGACGUUGUCAUGAUGUUCGCAACCACGGUCCGCUAUGUCGGCUAUGACUGCAUCACUGGACCUUGUGCUUCCAGCGAAUGGUUCCGAAAAUACUGGACAAUUAGUAACUUUGUGAGAUUUUUCCUUUUUGAGAAAACCGAGAAAAUGUUUCUAUUAAGGGUUUGAGCGCUACGAGCUGCCUGAUUGCCCUGGGCUUCUCUGUAAAGUUUUUCAAGCUUCAUUGGAAAACGAGCAGAUUGGAUCCGAUGAAAUAUACUGCUGCCGAAGGGACCUUUUACGACGUUGAUCCCACAGAAAAAAUUUGAGAUUCUACCAUCCGUUUUCAGAAUAACUGCAUGGCUUUUUACAAGUUCGCCGAAGUUUUUUUCUGCACGAUGGUCCCAACUUUCUGUACCUUUGUCGUCGUUUUUUUCAAAAAUACCUACUUCGAUGUAUUUAUUUUCAACCUCAUCGGAUUGACUUUUACUGGUGGGUUUUUUUUUCGAAUUUCUGAAGCAGGAUUUGUGAAUGAAUAACAUCUCAUUGCAGCACCCAUAAACAUGGUAUCUUUGGUCUACGAGCUAUCAGAGUUGAGAGUUCGAUGGGAUACGAUUCUCGGAAACGCAAUUGAGGCCAACCCUACCGUCAACCCAAUUCUUCAGAAGUUGGCGAGCUUUCUGCAAGUGAGAAUAGACCCACCGCGACGCCGGAAACGAGAAAGGACUGAAAACAAGGAAGAAGGCACCACUGCUGACCCACCUCAACCCGCUCAAACUGCUCAGCCUGCUCAAACUGCUCAGGCUGCUCAAAAUGCUGAACCUGCUCAAACUGCUCCACCUGCUCAAGCUGCUCCACCUGCUCAAGCUGCUGAACCUGCUCAAGCUGCUGAACUUGCUCAAACUGCUGAACCUGCUCAGCCUGCUCAAGCUGCUCAAGUUGAUCCAGCGGCUACCAAGUCGACAGCAAAGCCAAAAAUCAAAUUUCGACCUCAUAAACCUCCUGGAGCAAACCCCUCUUUCACACAUGCGUCUAGUGGUCCUUUGUAUCAAAUCACCCUUUUUUAG